AUGGCCGUCUUCCGCGCGCAAGGCACGAACGUCUCCGGUGUCCCAGACGCGCAGAUGGCGUAUGCCAUCAAACGGUACUGCACCGGGAUCGUCUUGCGGUACCGUGUCAAACUCGUUGGAUGGCCCGACGACAUCAUUUUUAAUGAUCCCAGCCGUGUCACGGGGAAGGAACACAUCUCGCGCCUCCUCGCGCUCUGGAAGAGCGGCUCCAUGCACUUCGUCCCGCUUACAGACCCCGCCGAGCUCGACGCGGCCAAGAAGGACCCCCUCUUGGUCGCCCCUGCUCGUCUCCACCGCGGCGUCGCGCUGUAG